AUUGGUAUCGGAGCAUUCAUCCUGAUCGCGACCUUGUCACGACCGUGCACGUGCGAGAAGAGUGCCAGGUGGCACAAGAGGCACAUGUGCGGUCAUUGUAUGAUCUUGAGGCCACGCAUGCUGCCCUGGUAGCCGCUGAAACUGGCACCGAAGUCGUGGAAGUCCAGGGUGUACUUAUCAAAUGCCGACAGGCACUUGACAAGUAYAUCAUGGACCGAUAUAUUGAAGUUGCAAAUGGCAGUGAAAAGAAGGAACAGCCAGCAACUCUGGCUACCGUGAAUGAGAACAUCAAGUAGUUGGAUGAAGCACUCGUCAAAGAAAGAAUAAGGAAAGAAGAACUGGAAAAACAACAGAAAAGAAUAAAUCAGCAAGAACAAAGAGUGCAGGAGAUU